UUUAUUUUAGUUGUUGAACCACUGUUUAGCCUGGUGAACUGCUGUUGCUUGGCUAUAUUUGGUUCGGCUAGACGAAGAAACAACUCAUGCAUUACUUCUUCGCCUUCAAGAGUGGAACGCGACAGCGUUCCCGUCGACCCGCCAAGGGGUGUAAGACAAUGGGCUACAGGGCAGCGACUACGCGCCCCGCAUUGGACGCGGUGAGCGUCGAGCAAAGCAGCGUUCGGCGCGGCAACGAAAUGUGCGCCUGAGCAAGAGACGCACGCCUUAGAAACAGCGCGUUUCUAAGGCAACACCGCAUUCACUAGAGGCGCUUUUGUACCGCUUUGAAGCGUUGUACUCGUGGCUCACACUCUGCCUCUGGACACGGACGCGUUCGGACGCAAGAUGUCGAGCUCUGCAAGAGCGGUUUCAGCGGCCGCGUCUGGCCGUGGUAACAGGUCUUCUGUCGCCCCACCGGGCUAUCGGUAUCUACUACCGACUUUGCCAUCAGGCGAAACUAUGAAGGAAUGUCUGUUCUUACAUUGUGACGUUGCCGGGAGACCAUACCGCCUCGAAGACUUCCGUGACCCGCUGCAAGAACUCGGUGUAUUGAAAGACGUGACCGGUAUUGGCCCCUUCCAAAUGACGCAUGUGUGGCUCAUCAAGCUACGAACUCCAGAGGUGAAGGAAGUGCUGGUUAGAGCGGGAGGCCUGGAGGUAAGAGGGCGCUUUUGCGCCGUCAUUGACCCAGUGCAACAAGACAUCACACUCAAAGUACACUGGGUUCCAUUCCACGUUACCGGGGAAGCAUUGAAGAAGGCUUUCGACCACUAUGGCGAAGUGAAAGAAGUAAGACAAGAAGAUUGGAAGGUGAGGGGCUUCGAGCAAGCUGAGUCUACCACGCGUAUUGUGCGGAUGACGCUCCGAGAGAACUUAACACCGGACGCUCUGCCCCAUUUGUUCAAGAUCUUUGGUGGCUCUGUGCUGGUUGUCGUUCCCGGGAGAGCUCCGAUUUGCCUGCGGUGUCGACGCAAAGGACACAUUAGAAGAGACUGCAGAGUGCCAAGGUGUUCUGAGUGCCGGGAAUUCGGCCAUGAAGCACAUGAUUGCGUACGUACGUAUGCAAGAGUUACUGGCAGCACGCAACCCGACGACGAAGGUCUGGAAUUGAUGGAAGAAGAGGUAACGGAGAAACUGACAGCGUCCGCGGAAACGCCGGUUCAGCAGGUGGCAAGUGUCGCAAAAAAGGUGGCAACGCCAUCCGCGUCGACACAGGACGCCACAGCAGGAAGAAAGCAGAAAGAAAGAAGAAGGAAUGAAGAAGAGAAGACACCGCCUGCGCCCGCAGAAACGGAGCCCGGGUGUGACGCGUUUAACGUGGAGAUGGACGCGGAGCCAGAGACGCCAUAUGAGACGCCGGAUGAGUUGGCCACUGAGGAGCCAGCCGUGCCUUCCAAGAGGCACCGAAGCGAUGCUCCAGAAGAGGAGACGCCGGCUGACAGUGUUCAGCGCUUGGAGCCGCAGUGGAUGGUGGUCCGGUCGACCCGGGCCAAGAAAGGGAAGUCCGCCCCACCGCAACGGUCAGCGUCGCUCACCCGAGAAGGGCAGGCGACGCAGUGACCAACGCGACUGGUGUCGCGGGUGCCCGUGGAAGCUAUCGUGCCGACAGGGACGCUCAGUUUGUGAGCGUUGCUAUUUGCUGGGCGCCUUACUGUUGUUUCGCUCUUGCUCUCUGAAAUGGCUAUGUCGUUAGCUCCAUUACGCGUGGGAACACUCAACGUUAGAGGUUUUAGGGCGAGACGGCGGCAGCGUCAGCUCCGACGCGUAAUGUUGGAAGAAGAUUUAGAUAUAUUGGCGAUUCAAGAGACUAAAAUAGAGAGUGAGAGUCAGACUGAUAGUAUGGUUGCACAGUUUAGUGACCGCUAUACUGUAUGCGUUAGUCAUGCUGUUGGCACAACGGCCGGAUGCUGCAUGUUUAUUAAGAAAGGUUUGGGUAUAGUUGAGGAAACAGUUCUAAGUUGUCAGAGUGGUCGAUUUGUGCUGUGCAAUUUUGUAUACUGCAACGUAAAAUACCGAAUAUUAUGUGUGUAUGCACCAACGAAAGUGAAUGACCGGCUAAGUUUCUUUCAAGAAAUAUCGCAUUAUCUGAAUACAGACAUAUGUUUGAUAGUGUUAGGAGAUUUCAAUUGCGUUUUGAGCUCGGAUGAUCGUUCGAGUGAUGGAUACUGGGCUGAUAAGAGCGUUGUCUUUCUGAGGGGGGCCAUUGGAAGAGCUCUGUUGGAAGACAUUGCACAUUACGCGAAAGGAGGCAAUAAUCGGCAUUAUACUCAUUUUCAAGGCAAUAGCCAUGCAAGGUUAGACAGAGCUUAUCUUUCGCAAGAAAUCGCCACCAUGUGCGAUGACUACAAGGUGCUGAACAUAACAUUUAGCGACCAUUGUUUAGUAGCCUUCACGAUAGGGAAAAAGAUUACCGCAAAACCUGGAAUGAAAUGGGAAACAUGGAAAUUAAACGCGAAACUCUUAAAGGACGACCAAUUUCUAGAGAGUGUACGCACAGAAAUUGCCAAAGCAAAUAAUGACUGUGAAAAAGGAUGGGGUGAGCGAUGGGAGCGAUUUAAAGAAGUCGUAAAAAUGAAUGCCAUAGAGCGAGCAGUAGAAAUACGUUUUAAAGAGCGCCAAGAGGAAAAUAACCUUAAAAAAAUGCUUCAGGAAUUUGUGGAUGCCGAAACUGCAGCGCCAGGCACCUUUAUGGAAGAAAUAAGGGAAACAAAGAAUAAAAUUGAGGCUAUCGACACGGAAAAAUACCGUGGCGCACUUAUUCGCGCACGAAUGGGAAAGAUCUUGGCUGAUGAAAUGCCAACAAAGCGUGCAUUGGGAACUGAGAAAAAGUAUGCGAGGAGAAACGAAAUAGUUGAGAUUGAAUACAAAGGGAAAAUAUCUAGAGAUGCCGAAGAAAUUAAUUAUGCGUUUACAGAAUAUUACAGGGAGCUCUUCAAGUGUAGAAUACCGAGCAAGGCUGGGUAUGAAAGCCAUUUUCUAACCACUCUACCUAGGUUAGACGCCGAAGAAACAGAUAGAUUAUCCGAAGAUAUCACAGCAAAGGAGAUCGAAACGGCCAUUGAAGACCUUAACCCUGGAAAAUCGCCAGGACCUGAUGGCCUAACAGCAGUUUUUUACAAAGCCUUUUGCUCGAAGAUAGCCAUCUUAUUAGAGCGUGUUUUUAUGGAGGCGUAUCAAAAAGGUCGUUUGCCACCGUCCUUUAAAAGGGCGUAUACAGUCUUGAUACCAAAAAGCGAUGACGCAAAUAAACUUAACAAAGUAACAGGCUACAGGCCAAUUACGCUGACAAACGUAGAUUAUAAAGUUUUAAUGAAGAUAUUUGCGCGGAGACUACAAGGGGUUAUUGGUGCUUUAGUAGGACCACAUCAGACCUGCGGGAUAAGAGGGAGGUCUAUAUUUACUAAUAUCCAUGUGGCUCGCAGCAUUCUUGAAACUUGUGAUGCAGAUUUUAGGAAAGUCGCUAUGUUACAAAUUGAUCUAGAAAAGGCGUUUGACAGAGUAUGUCACAAUCUCCUGUUUACAAUUCUUGGCUAUGUCGGUGUUGGAUCACGGAUAACAGAGGGAGUUAAAAUGGCAUACAGUAAUUGUACAACUAACCUCAUUGUCAACCAUAAGCUAACUGAAAGGAUUGAAGUGCGUUCCUCUGUUCGUCAGGGGUGUCCCCUGUCACCUCUUUUGUUCGCAAUAUAUCUAGAGGCUCUCUGUAAAAGAAUUAUUGAUAGUCCGGAUGUGCGAGGAUUCAGCCUAGAAGGAUGUGAGGUACGUUUAUUAGCUUACGCUGAUGAUGUUGUUGUUUUCUGUGAAGAUAAGGAGAGUGUUCGAGCUACCAUGACAAUUAUGCGUGAGUUUUGUGACAUGACGGACAGCAAUAUAAACUUGAAUAAGUGUGUCGGCUUGUGGCACGGCCAGUGGCAAACAACGCCGCGUGUUUUUGAAGGUAUGCAGUGGAAGCUCACGCCUGGGAUUUAUCUUGGUGUACCAUUAGGCACACAUCGAGACACUAAAGACUUGUGGAAUGGCAAAGUGCAGGAAUUAAAAGCUCCAACUGAUAAGUGGGCUGGACGUGAUCUCUCUAUAUUUGCACGUGCGGCUAUCUGCAGAAUCUUCUUGGUGAGCAAGCUGUGGUAUCUCAUGCAAGUCCUGAGUUGUUCCCGAUUCAACCUCAAGAAAUUCCAUAGAGUUUUUGCUGUUUUUGUGUGGCAGUCUGAAUAUGAAAGAACAACCAGGAACAACUUGUUUCGCAAGUUGGGUCAGGGGGGCUUGUCAUUACCAAAUUUAUACUUAAAGCAACUGAUUUCUAGAUUUUUGUUCUUACGAGACACGACAAAUCCUUUCUUACGAACAGUUAUUCAAGUCCGAUUGAGCAAUGCCUUACCUAACUUUGUUGUCUCGAUGAGGGAGGGUGGGUGUUACGCAACGAGUAAAUUUUUACGUGAGGUGGUCGUAGCAUUUAGAUUUUUACACCACCACUUUUCCAUAGAAUAUUUGGCUGCAGUCAGUCGUAAGCGGAUAAGCUCGGAUUUAAUAGAUAUUAUGUUCCCAGAACCAUUAUAUCGAUUAAUGUACCGCGAAGGCCAAGGGAAAGAUGUCCUAAAACGUGUGAAGCGAAUGAUUGUACCAGGGGGAGUGAAAACAUUCUUUUUUAAACUACAUACUAAUACCUUGCCUGUUAAAACAUGGCUAGAAGAAAGAGGGGACUAUUUACCAUGGGGGACUAACUGUUUGAUUUGCAAGAAACCAGAAACUAUAGAACACGUUUUUCUGGACUGUUGGAGUGCGGUCUUCUUUUGGGAUAUUAUGCAAAGAACUAUUAAAAAAGAAUUGCCGUUAACAGCUCAUGGUAUCCGUUAUCUAUCCACAGAGCAAGACAGUAUACCUUAUGACAUGUUCUUUCUUCUCGGCCUUCACAGUAUCUGGAGAAACCGCAUGGCUGUAAGGAAUUGCGAUAUAAAUGUGAGAACAGUAAACUCAUAUUUUGCUGAGAAUAUCAGUAAACUGCGGGAAGUUUUUCAGAAGUUAGCGUAUGACGAUGAUCUGUUGUCAUUGAUGGAUGGCCUUGCCAAAAUGAAAGUUUUGUAAUCUAAACCGCAAGCUUCAAGCGCAGCGGUGGGAAAGUGAAUAUUGUCAAAUGGUGGGAGCAGUCUGUAUUGAUGUAUUUGUUGAUUGUCUGGAAAUAAAGAAAAAAAAAAAAAAAAAAAGUACUCGUGGCUCAGUGGUAGCGUCUCCGUCCCACACUCCGGAGACCCUGGUUCGAUUCCCACCCAGCCCGUCUUGCAAGAGUUGAGCCAAAGCCACUUCUCCUCUGUCGUGACGUCACGGUGUCACGUGAUUUCAUGGUCACCGCCGCGCCUGAGGAGCUGGGUUGAGCC